ACGGAGGAAGGGCGGUUGGUGGUUGCGCGCGCGCGUGCGCGGGGGGUAACUGAGGCGCUCCGGCUGAGGGGAGGCGUUUGCGAGCCCCGGGCAGGCGAGCCGGGAGGCGGGCUUCCUGGCGGAGCGAAGCCGAGCCCCACACCGCAGGGCGAGCGAGUCGCGUGCCGGGCGACCAGAAGCCGCGCCGCUUGCAGCCGCCGGUGCUUUUGUUGUGUCCGGUUGGGGGGGAUUUUUCCUCCUCCCCCCUCGCCAGCGCCGGACGAGCGGCGAGUUUCUUGCUUUCGGAACGCUACCUUUAAGACUGCAAUGGCUGACCACAUGAUGAUGCCAAUGAGCCAUGGUGUGAAUGGCCUUCAAGGCUACCGGAUAGGCAUGAAUGGUAUACAAGGGGCCCCACAGCAUGCGCAGCAUGGACUAAGGACCCUACCUGCCGGCCACCAGAUGAUGCAAUAUGGAGGCCCCACCAUGGAUGGAGCUAUGAGGCCAAGACCUGGCCUCAGUGGACAGAUGGGUCACCACCAGGUGCCGAACCCCAUGAUGUUCAGUAACCCAAGUCAACCGCAGCAGCAGCAGCCACAACAAUAUAUGGGACCUGUUGGUGCUCAGCAACUGAUGGCCAGCAUGCAUUUGCAGAAACUCAACACACAGUACCAGGGCUAUCCUCUCAUGGGCAUGAACAAUGGGCCUAUGGGGACGGGGAUUCAACAGUACAGGAUGGGGCCAGGCCAGCAUCCAGGCAUGCCCCAUCUUCCCUCACCCGCCUUGACCUUGAAUGUGAUGGACACAGAUCUGGUGGAUGAAGAGGUCUUGACGUCUUUGGUGGUGGAACUGGGGUUGGACAGAGUUCAAGAACUGCCCGAGCUUUUCCUGGGACAGAAUGAAUUUGACUUCAUUUCAGACUUUGUCAGCAAACAGCAGCCCAGUGCCAUCAGCUGUUGAGAUACCAUUCCAAGGGCUUCUUUGUGGGCUUCUGAUCUUGAUGUGCCCAAGCAUCUUUUUAUCCUUUUUGUCUUCAGCUCUACAGACCUUCCCAGCUCCCCAGCAAAACACAAUGGACAGUCACCUGGAGUCUUUUUUACUACAGCCCCUUGCACUGUGUUGCCUUUUUCUCAGGAGGGAGCAGUUUCUUCUCUUUGUGUAUGUGUGGAAACGGGUAUGUGUGGAAACUAAUGGCUUCUGCACAGGAAACAAAAUGGUGGCUGCAGAAUUUCUGAGCUAAUAGAAAGCAGACUGCCCACUGACUACUUUUGUUCAUUUUGACUAUGAAGUGUAAGAGUUGUGUACGUAGAGUUCUGCUGCUGGCUUUGCCAAGGAAGUCAGCCAUAUAAUCUGAAUAGACUUCAUUGUGGUGUGUUGAGAGACCUUGAGGGAAACUGUACUUUUUUGAAUUAUUAAUACCCAGAAGCUCACAAGCUGUGAUGGUUGGGGGAUUUUGGGCAGGGUAAUCCUCAAAAGUAAAGCUUUUUUCCCCAAGCUGUGGCUGUUGCUGGUAUUUUUUCACCCUUAUUUAAAGGAAGGGCAUCAUAAGAAGUUACUGCGGUUUGCUUUUCACUGUUUCCCACCUGCUACCAUUACAUCCAGUACAGAAAAUUACAACCAAAAGUUAACAAAUGUCUUGAUUUGAAGAGAUCACAGGCCUCAGGUUGGGUUUUGUUCUGCAUCUCCCCCUGCCCUCUUUGUUUUGUUUUGUUUCUUUUAGCAUAAAUAAUUAAAAAAUAAGCUAGCUGACAACAUCUUCAAGAGUUACGUGUUAGGAGUGCCGAUAACCAGAUUCUGUCAAAAGUGCUUCUCUUGUGGCCGAUGAGGCUUACUUGCUAUAAGUUGUCUGUAUUCCCAAGGGAGGGGUUGCACCCUCUCAUUAUGAAGCACCAACCCACCCUAUUGGUUUCCACAUGGGGGCAGUCAAUUACUUUUCUAUAAUGUCACAGAACAGCCUCCCGCAGUGUGGUGCUGGGCACCUAGCUUCCAUCUUCACUGGCUCUGCUGGGCAGCUGGGACAUAACAAAACAAAACAUCUGUCAGCUGACCCGUUGGGGAGGCUGAUGUUGAACUUUUUUCAGGCGCCUUAAAACACAAGCUUUUAAAAAUGUCAUCUGGUUCUUUUUCUCUGCCUCUGAAACCAAAUGAAUAUCUGUAAUUGUGGAUAUUGCUGAUUUUUUAAAAAAACAUUAUUUCCUAAUUUCUGGUUUCUUUCUUAUCCAUAUUUAUUUGGAAGGGCUGAACGAUUAUUUGCCUUCUGAGAUACUGAAAAGGGCUAAAGAUACACUAAAGUGCAUGCUCCUCCAAACCCUUAUUUUUCCCCUGGCUGUGGAUAACCACAAUUUCUUAGUUAUUUUAGCACCCUGCCUGCCUUGCAGGACUUGAUGUACUAGUUUAAACUAUGUUACUCAAAAACGUUUGAUAGAAGGGUGGGCUACCUGCUUGUUUUCCUACCUGGUCUUAUCUCAGUGCUUUUGAGGAAAAGGAAAGCCAAAUAAGAGCAUUUCAAGAGUUUUUGCUACCCCAUCUUUUUGGAGGCACAUAGUGGUGCAUCAUUGUUGAUUGAUGAAGUAAGAAUGUACAGAUGAUCUUCUUUUUCCCCCUCAAAUAAAAAUGCAAAACCCUUUGAAACUGA